AAUCAACUUAAUUUACCGGCUUUGGAGAGAGCAUGUACCGAGUCAAGAGGUCUAUCCAUGGAUGCUGUAGCCAAAGCAGCAUCGGGACAUCUUGGUCUCCCUCUAGGCGCAACAGAGGUCGGUGGUGUACUAUUCGGUCACGCUCUUCGUUACAACCCCGAUGAUACUAAAUGGUGGAACAGGGAUAUCUUUGUUCUGUCGGCUGGACAUGGAUCAAUGUUCUUGUAUAGCUGGCUGCACUUGGCUGGCUAUGCAAUCUCUGUGGAGGAUAUUAAGAACUUUAGACAGUUCAAAUCAAACACACCAGGUCAUCCAGAGUUCCAUGAUACCCCUGGUGUCGAAGCAACGACUGGUCCACUCGGACAAGGUAUUGCCAAUGCAGUUGGUUAUGCAUCGUCAUGUAAAAUGGCUGCGGCAAGGUUCAACACUGAGCAACACAAGAUAUUUGAUCAAAGAGUUGUUGUGUUGUGUGGAGAUGGUUGCAUGCAGGAGGGUAUCUCUCAUGAGGCAUUGUCCUUUGCCGGCCAUCAUAGGUUGGACAACUUGAUUGUGUUUUAUGACUCGAAUGACGUGACACUGGAUGCAAUGGCCGUUGAGACUCAGUCAGAAGACGCAGUCAAGAGGUUCGAGAGUCAGGGCUUUGAAGUGCAUCUCGUCACCAACGGCAACAGCCUUCCAGAUCUGUACAAGGCCUACCAAGCGGCCCAUGACUCCAAGACCAACAAGCCCCAAGCCAUCAUUGUCAAGUCUGUCAUUGCCAAGGGCAUUCCAGAGGUGGCGGGAACCAACAAGGGCCAUGGAGAGGCCGGAGUCAAGUUUGUUGAUGCCGCCAGGAAGGCGAUGGGACUACCCGACGAGAAGUUCUAUGUGUCCAAGGAGACUCGCGACUACUUUGCCGCCCACAAGAAGUUACAAGUCGAUCGAUACAAUCAAUGGAAGAAGACGUUUGAGGAGUGGCAGAAGGCCAAUCCUCAGCUGGCCGCAUUGCUUGAAUCGUCGCAACAUGAGGUCGAUCCCCAGAAGUUGUUGGCUGCCAUCCCAGAGUUCAAUCCAAAGGACUCAAUUGCCACGCGUAAGGCUGGCAGUGAGGUGCUUCAGCCCAUCGCACAAACACUCCCACUUUUGAUCAGUGGCUCGGCAGACCUUCAUGGCUCCACGCUCAACUACAUCAAGGAGGGCAGGGACUUCACACCAAGCUGCCCAGGUGGCAGGAACAUCAAGUUUGGUAUCCGUGAGCAUGCAAUGUGCGCCUUAUUGAAUGGUUUUGCCUACCAUGGUAUCUUCAAACCAUCUGGAGCAACGUUCCUUGUCUUCUCUGACUACUGUCGCCCAUCCAUUCGUUUGGCCGCACUCAGCCAUCUUCCAGUGACCUACAUAUUCACUCAUGACUCGAUCGGUGUCGGCGAGGAUGGUCCAACCCAUCAGCCAGUGGAGACAGUGAGCGGACUACGUAUGAUACCUAAUCUUGAUGUUAUCCGUCCCGCUGACCCUGAGGAGACUGCUGGUGCAUUUGCCUCUGCCUUCUCGAGAAAGUGCGGUCCAACUCUGUUGGCACUCACACGUCAGAACCUACCCAAUCUUGUGGCCGAGGCUGAUGCCAAGACUCGCAGAGACGGUGUGUUGAAAGGUGGAUACGUGCUCAGCAAAGAGAAGGGUGCACUCAAGCUCAUACUCAUUGCCACUGGCUCAGAGGUGCAACACAUUGUCGAGGCUGCCAAGAAGUUGGGCGAUGGAGUGCGUGUAGUCUCAAUGCCAUGCACAUCGAUCUUUGAUCGACAGCCCAAGGAUUACCGCGAGUCUGUACUUCCAAACUCUUGCAGAAACAGAGUGGCAAUUGAGGCUGGAGUGACUAGUUUCUGGUACAAGUAUGUUGGACUCGAUGGAAGAGUAGUGGGUAUUGACAGAUUCGGCAUGUCAGCACCAGGAAACACCGUCAUGAAGGAGCUUGGAAUGACUUCAGACUCUGUGAUCAAGGCUGCCAACACUGGUCUUCAG